AUGGCCCAAACGGGGGAGGGGGGGUUUGUGUUCCCAGCGGAGCAUGGCUUUCCGCCGUUCUACACGCUACAGCCUAAUGUGCAGACGGCCAUAGCGCAGAUCGAGAUGUGGGGACGUCUUGUCCUUGCGUACUGCGCGGCGCACGACCAUUUCGUGCUGGAAGCGACCGGGACGUGGGAACGGUCGAGUGCUCUGUUUUGCAAUGCCGACAUCGACCGUGCGCUCUCGCCUCAUAUGAUCCGGAUCGUGAUGGCGCAUCUCGUCCAGCAGGGGCAUGCUAUGUACCAUCCGCCGCUGCCGCGGGGGGUCAAGCCGCCACAGGCGCAGGCAAGUCGCAACACACACGCACUGAGCGCGGCCGGCGCAACGGCCGCGCCGGCGCUGACGUCGGCGGCGGAUGCGGCGUGCAACCAGGUGCUCCUGCUAUGGCGCUCGCCCGAGGCGUGGGGGGACAGCUUAUACGAAUGGGUCCGCGAUACAGGGCAGAACAAGAGCAUUCUCACAAUGCACGAGCUCGCGACGGGCGCGUUUGUCGAACGCGCCAAGAUGCCACAAGUACUUCUCCGCCUUGCGCUGCAGACGCAGAUGAAAAAAGGACGAGCACAGGUGUUUUCGGUGACGGCCGACCGAUGGAGCGCGCUCCUGCCGACAACCGAUGUCUUGGCACAGGCCAGCGACGAAACGAUGGGCGAGCUGGGUGUCAAGUUUGUAUAG